AUGAUCUACAUAGGGGUUCAGAAAAGGGCUCUGCACAAGACCUCACUUAUAUUCCACGUCAAAAGACAUUAUGAGAACAACGCAGAGGACACUCUGGGGAGCGAUGGAAAAUGCUACAAUUGCAAACAACGCCGUUUCGUCAAGAAUUAUUGGUGGAAUCAUCCAGUGAGAUUCAUUCAGUUGUGUUAUGGAAACUGCGUAUCUCUCAAUAAGAACUUCUUUAUUAAGAACUUAACCAUACGGGACCAGGAGGAGGGUCUGCCCUGGACACAUAGAGAGGGAAGAAGAGAUGUUUGGCGAGAUGCCUUCCUUCCUAAAGCGGAGUAG